GAAACACACCGACUGGGGGGGUCACCUCUCCGGGUCUUUUAUCCCCCCCUCCCGAAGCGGCGGCGCUGCUCCUGUUUCAUCCUCCAGCAGCCAUCUUUUAGAGAGAAUGUCCGGGGCGACACGGCGGGCCUGCUGCUCGGGCUCCGACCGGGGCCGGAGCCUCCUGAUGCUGACGACCGCGCUGCUGCUGUCGGUGGCCGGGCUGCUCUCCGGGCUGCCGGCCGUCACCGAGGCGGCGAAGGAGUGCGACAAACCGUGCAUGAACGGGCAGUGCAACCCCGCCGCGGGCAGCUGUGUGUGCUUCCCCGGCUGGGUCGGGGACCAAUGCCAGCACUGCGGAGGGAGAUUCAGGUUGACGGGGGCCUCUGGUCAACUGACUGACGGUCCAGGAAACUACAAGUACAAGACCAAGUGCACCUGGCUGAUCGAGGGACAGCCAAACACAAUACUCCGAUUACGGUUCAACCACUUUGCCACCGAAUGCAGCUGGGACCACCUCUACGUGUACGACGGGGACUCCAUCUACGCCCCCCUGCUGGCUGCUUUCAGUGGUUUGAUUGUUCCUGAGAGUUAUGGGAACGAGACGGUUCCCGAGGUGGUCUCUCAAUCCGGCUACGCCCUGCUGCACUUCUUCAGCGACGCCGCGUACAACCUCACCGGCUUCAACAUCUCCUACAGAGUGAAUACAUGUCCCAACAACUGCUCCGGCCGAGGCGAGUGUCGCGUGAGGAACGCCACCGGCUCGGUGUACUGCGAGUGUGAAGCCAACUGGAAGGGGAAAGCCUGCGACGUCCCGUCCUGCCUGGAUAACUGCGGCUACCCCGAACGAGGUCACUGCCAGGGCAAGACCUGCAUCUGCAAGUCUGGAUGGCAAGGUCCAGACUGCUCCGUCUCAGUGCCUGCCAACUCCUCCUUCUGGACCCGGGAGGAUUACACCGAGGCAGGGCUGGCCAGGGCGUCCCACAAGGCCGUGGUGGACCAGGGCAUCAUGUGGGUGAUUGGAGGCUACGUCUUCAACUCCACCGACUAUCACAUGGUCAAAGCGUUCAACCUCAGCAGGAAAAGCUGGCUGACCCUCGACCCGUCUGUCAACACUGUCACACCGAGAUAUGGCCACUCGCUCGCUCUGCAUGAGGGGAGGAUCUACAUGUACGGCGGAAAGAUCGACUCCACGGGAAACGUGUCCAGCCAGCUGUGGGUUUUCCACAUCCAGAAUCAGACCUGGGUCCUCCUGAGCCCUCGGUCCAAGGACCAGUACGCCGUGGUGGGACACUCGGCCCACGUUGUCCCUCCCCUCCAGGAGGGGGACAGCCCCGUCAUGCUGGUCCUGUUUGGACACUGUCCUCUGUACGGCUACAUCAGCCUGGUGCAGGAGUACAACAUUGUCAAGAACUCGUGGAGCAUGGUGAGCACAGACGGUGCGCUGGUCCAGGGCGGCUACGGCCACAGCAGCGUGUUCGACCCCGGCACCAGAGCCAUCUACAUCCACGGAGGCUACAAGGCCUUCAGCGCCAACAAGUACGGCCUGGCGGGAGACCUGUACAAGUUCGACGUGGACAAGAGGAGAUGGACGAUUCUGAGAGACAGCGGCUUCUUCCGGUACCUCCACACAGCCGAGAUAGUGAGCGGGACGAUGCUGGUGUUUGGGGGAAACACACACAACGACACAUCCAUGAGCCAUGGCGCCAAGUGCUUCUCCUCCGACUUCCUAGCGUACAGUCUGGCGUGUGACGAGUGGACGGCGCUGCCUCGACCGGACCUCUACCAUGACGUCAAUCGCUUCGGGCACUCGGCCGUCUUCAGCGACAGUGUUAUGUACGUGUUCGGCGGCUUCAACAGCCUGCUGCUCAGCGACGUGCUCAUGUACACCUCACCCAGCUGCCUGGCCUUCUCCAGUGUGGCGUCCUGCAGCCAGGCGUGGCCGGGGAUCCACUGCGUCUGGAACAGCACCCAGGGGACCUGCCUGCCCUGGGAGAGCAACGCCAACGGGACUGAGCAGCAGAUACCGGCGUCCUGUAACACGCGGUCAUAUGCUGAUAACGAGAGGUGCGACCAGUACACAGACUGCUACAGUUGCACGGCUAACACCAACGGCUGCCAGUGGUGCACGGGCCAGUGCGUGUCUCUGGGAAGCAACUGCACGUCUGCCACGGGAGCCUUAGCGGAGUAUGAAGUUUGCCCCAAGGACAACCCGUCAUUCGUUUGCAACAAGAAAACCAGCUGCAAGAGCUGCGCUGUGGACCAGAACUGUCAGUGGGAACCCAGAAACCAGGAGUGCAUCUCACUGCCAGAGAACGUGUGCGGUGAAAGCUGGCACCUCGUCGGCAACUCCUGCCUGAAGUUCAUCACAGCGAAGGACUCAUACGACAACGCCAAGCUGGCCUGCAGGAGCCACAACGCCGUCCUGGCCUCGCUGACCACGCAGAAGAAGGUCGACUUCGUCCUCAAGGAGCUGCAGAUAAUGAGCGUGGCGUACAAGGCCACAGUGACGCCCUGGGUCGGGCUCAGGAAGAUCAACGUGUCGUACUGGUGCUGGGAGGACAUGUCGCCCUUCACCAACACCACCCUGCAGUGGCUGCCCGGCGAGCCGAGCGACGCCGGAUUCUGCGGCUACCUGGCCGAGCCGGCGUCCAGCGGGCUGAAAGCGCAGACCUGCAUCAACCCGGUGAACGGCAGCCUGUGUGAACGACCAGCCAACCACAGCGCCAAGCAGUGCCGGACGCCGUGCGCCAUGAGAGCCACCUGCAGCGAGUGCACCAGCAGCAGCUCCGAGUGCAUGUGGUGCAGCAACAUGAAGCAGUGCGUCGACUCCAACGCCUACGUGGCCUCCUUCCCCUUCGGACAGUGUAUGGAGUGGUACACCAUGAACACAUGUCCGCCGGAGAACUGCUCCGGGUACAGAACAUGCGGCAUGUGUCUGGAUCAGCCCGGCUGCGGUUGGUGCACCGACCCCAGCAACACGGGCAAAGGUCAGUGCAUUGAGGGCUCGUACCGGGGGCCCUUCCAGACCUCGGUCCCGGCCCCGUCCACCCUCCCCGGCGUGCCCGCCAGCCCCCAGCCUGCCCUCAACGCCAGCAUGUGCCCCGGAGAGGCCAAAUACAACUGGUCCUUCAUCCACUGCCCAGCGUGUCAGUGCAACGGUCACAGCCAGUGCGUCAACGAGAGCGUGUGCGAGAAGUGCGAGGACCUGACGACGGGCCGACACUGCGAGAGCUGCAUCUCCGGCUUCUACGGAGACCCCACCAACGGGGGAAGCUGCCAGCCCUGCAAGUGUAACGGCCACGCCAGCAUGUGCAACCCCAACAACGGAAAGUGUUUCUGCACCACCAAGGGCAUCAAAGGAGAUCGCUGCCACCUGUGUGAAGUGGAGAACCGUUACCAAGGCAACCCCCUCAAAGGAACAUGCUACUACACGCUCCUCAUCGACUACCAGUUCACCUUCAGCCUGUCACAGGAGGACGACCGCUACUACACCGCCAUCAACUUCGUGGCCACACCUGAGGAGCCAAACCGGGAUCUCGACAUGUUCAUCAAUGCCUCGAAGAACUUCAACCUGAACAUCACCUGGGCCACGAGCUUCACAGCCGGCACACAGACCGGGGAGGAGAUCCCCAUCGUCUCCCGGAGCAACAUCAAGGAGUUCAAAGACAGCUUCUCCAACGAGAACUUCGACUUCCGCAACAACCCCAACAUCACGUUCUUCGUCUACGUCAGCAACUUCACGUGGCCCAUAAAGAUUCAAAUCGCCUUCUCGCAGCACAGUAACUUCAUGGAUCUGGUGCAGUUCUUUGUCACAUUCUUCAGCUGCUUCCUGUCGCUGCUCCUGGUGGCCGCCGUGGUUUGGAAGAUCAAACAAAGCUGCUGGGCGUCACGGCGACGAGAGCAACUACUGAGGGAGAUGCAGCAGAUGGCGAGCCGGCCUUUCGCCACCAUCAACGUCGCCUUGGAGACGGAUGAAGAGCCACCUGACCUGAUAGGAGGAAACGUCAAGUCCGUCCCCAAACCCAUCGCCCUCGAGCCUUGCUUCGGCAACAAAGCGGCCGUGCUCUCCAUCUUUGUGCGGCUACCCAGAGGCACCGGCGGCAUCCCUCCUCCAGGACAGUCUGGUUUGGCGGUGGCCUCUGCGCUGGUGGACGUCUCUCAGCAGAUGUGUGUCGGCUUCAAGGAGAAGUCCGGAGGCCUCAGGAACCGCAAACAGCAGCCGACCGCACAGCCGUCCACCUGCAUCUGACCACACCCCGCCUCAUGUCCUCCUCCACCACCAAAUACCCAACGCUCUCCCAUCAGCCCCCUCCCCCGCCCCCCGCCGCCUCGGCCCCCUCCCUCAAAGACUUCCGCCAGCGCCGCUCUGGCAAGGGGGGGAGGUGCAUGCUGGGAUGCAGGACUGGAACAUUUUGGUGAGGGGCCGAGUCGGGGCCCUCCCUCUCCUCCUACGGGAACUGUUGGUCCCCGACAAAACUGGAAACUGGACACAAAGAGGGGGAGCAGGGGAAGGGAGGGAGGUAGGGACUGAGGGAGGGAGGGAGUGAGCGGGUGCUGACUUCACCCCUUCCCCCCCCCACCUAAAAAAAACAAAAA